AAACCUCUCUGGAGCCUGGCUGGAGCCAGCAGGCCACCCACUGGACACCUCGCCAAGCAACCGUGCUUUCCACGGGAAGCCUCGCCUGGCCUCUGCACUGAGGCUCUCUUGUGCUUGACGCUGCAGCUGCAGCCCAAAAUGCCAGCUGUCCAGCUGCUGCUCCUGGCCUGCCUGGUGUGGGACGUGGGGGCCAUGACAGCCAAGCUCCGGAAAGCCAACGACCGGAGUGGCCGAUGCCAAUAUACCUUCAGUGUGGCUAGCCCCACGGAGUCCAGUUGCCCUGAGCAGGGCCAGGCCACAUCUGCCAUCCAGGAUCUCCAGAGAGACAGCAGCACCCAGCGCGCAGACCUGGAGGCCACCAAAGCCCGGCUUAGUGCCCUCGAGAACCUCCUCCACCGGCUGACCAUGGGGCAGGCUGCAGGGCCCCAGGAGAGCCAGGCAGGGCUGCAGAGGGAGCUGGGUGCCCUACGAGGGGAGCGAGAGCAGCUGGAAACCCAAGCCAGGGAGUUAGAGGCUGCACACAGCAACCUUCUCCGGGAUAAGUCAAUUCUCGAAGAACAAAAGAGGCAAUUGCAGCAAGAAAAUGAGGAUCUGGCCAGGAGGCUGGAGAGCACCAGCCAGGAGGUGGCAAGGCUGAGAAGGGGCCAGUGUCCCCAGACCCAAGACCCCUCUCGGGAUGUGCCACCAGGCUCCAGGGAAGUUGCUAAAUGGAAUUUGGACACUUUGGCCUUCCAAGAACUGAAGUCGGAGUUGACAGAAGUCCCUGCUUCUCACAUCUUGAAGGAAAGCUCAUCUGGCCAUCCCAGGACUGAAGGAGGAGACAGUGGAUGUGGAGAACUCGUGUGGGUUGGGGAGCCUGUCACUGUGAGAACAGCUGAAACCAUUACUGGCAAGUACGGCGUGUGGAUGAGAGACCCCAAGCCCACCUACCCCUACACGCAGGAGACCACAUGGAGGGUCGACACUGUGGGCACCGACAUCCGCCAGGUGUUUGAGUACAGCCUCAUCAGCCAGUUCACGCAGGGCUACCCUUCCAAGGUUCACGUGCUGCCCCGGCCGCUGGAAAGCACCGGCGCCGUGGUGUACAAGGGGAGCUUCUAUUUCCAGGGGGCCGCGUCCAGGAUGGUGAUCAGGUAUGAGCUGAGCACCGAGACGGUGAAGGCCGAGAAGGAAAUCCCUGGGGCCGGCUACCAUGGGCAGUUCCCGUAUUCUUGGGGCGGCUACACAGACAUCGACUUGGCUGUGGAUGAGACAGACCUCUGGGUCAUCUACAGCACCGAGGAGGCCAAAGGCGCCAUUGUCCUCUCUAGACUGAACCCAGAGAACCUGGAGCUGGAACAGACCUGGGAGACCAACAUCCGCAAGCAGUCAGUAGCCAACGCCUUUGUCAUCUGUGGCACCUUGUACACUGUCAGCAGCUACUCCUCAGCCAAUGCCACCAUCAACUUUGCCUACGACACAGGCACAAGCAGCAGCAAGGCCCUGAGCAUCCCAUUCAGGAACCGGUACCGCUACAGCAGCAUGAUCGACUACAACCCCCUGCUGAAGCAGCUGUUCGCCUGGGACAACUUCAACAUGGUCACCUACAACGUCAGGCUCUCCAAGAUGUGAAAGCCCAGAGGGGAUCCAGCAAAGGCAGAGGGGGAUGUCCAGGGCCCCAGGGGAGCAGGCUGAAGGGAGGGGCAGCAGGAGCCCGUGCAGCUUCACACAGCUCUCCAACCUUCAUUAGUGCAGAAGGGCCUCGCCCACCUCACCACCUGACUGCAGGACCAGCCAUGGGCACAUAACAG